AUGAUCAAAUUCGGGCUAAUUUUGGCAACGGUUGCCGUAGUUUCAGUCGCCGCUGUAGAUAGGCAUAAAAUCGUUUACAAGAGCUUGCAGCGAGCAGCCUACGAAUGUGGCCAGUACAGUGCCGUUGGUCCGUGCAUGGGCCGUUGCGAAACGCUGGUGACCCGAGACUGGAACGAUACGAAGGGAAUGUCUCCGGCCUACAGCCGAUUCUUCGUACCGGACCCCGUGGACCAGUGCAAUCUCAACCGGACCGAGCGAUGCCUCCUGAACAAAGUGUACACCGUUCCGCGAUCGAGGAGUUGCGUGCGGGCGAAUGAAUCCGUACAGUGCUACCUGGAUCAGUACGGCCAGGUCAACUUGACCGCUCCGCAGUUCAUCCGGUUCACCCCGUUGAUAGAUGAUCAGAUUGUGCGGGACUGUUCGGCCAUGGUGGGCCUUUCGAUGGAGCAGGUUUAUGCUUGGUUGAGGGAGUCGUCGUUCAACCGAUCGGAGACGCGUUGUGUCUACCGGUGUUUCUUGAUCCGAUCGGGUCUGUACAGUGACUCGGAAGGACUCAACAUGGCACGGUUCUACGUUCUGUGCGGUGGGUACGAGGAAGAGUUCUAUCAUCAGGUUGAGCAGUGUGCGGCCAGAUUGCGGAAGGAAGUUCCGUGCGAUGACAAGUGCACUCUGGCUCAGCGUUUGGCAACCGAGUGUAUUGGUGCCAACUACCAGGCCGGAAACAUGGCCGUCAACACCAACAGUAAAGCCUUGGAAGGAUCUCGCGUUAACAACAUUGCGGUUAACGCAAAAGACUCAACCCUUACCGCGUCCAACACUGAAUCUGGCAACUCUAUCUCAAUUUCGAGAACUAAUUCAGACACCAUUGUGUACGGAGACACCAAUUAUCUUUACAAUUAUAUCGAUGAUUACUAUUCCGGCUAA